CGACGCUGUUCGCCUGUCGCCUGACCGGGUACAUUAAUACGUAGAGCAAGGGGAGGAGGAGGUCAGCUCCUUUUCUGUGUCCCGGUGUACCGAGAGCUGCCGUUUCAUUUCAUCACCGCCUCCGAGCAGCUCCGUUUUCUCUCUUUCUAGGUACCAGAUUUUAGUAGUAUCUGGUAUUUUAAUGAAGAAGUGCCAACAUUUUUGAUACAUAUUUCCACCUCGCCUCUGCCUGACUGGAGCUCACGCCGGAGCCGUUAAGAGAGAAGUUUAAACCCUAGCUGCUGCUCAGGAGACUGGGGUUACACCGUCCCACACCUCCCCUUCGCCGUCUCUAGUUGAAGAUUUUUGGAGAAUACCGUCCAAAAGUUUUCGUUUCUUUUUUUUUCCUGUGUGCCAAGAGGACAGCAAAAGACGCCCGGCAGCAUGACUCGGAGAUCCUGUGCCAUUUACGCCACCGGCUUCAUCUGCGCUCAUCUCCUGAUAGUGGGAAUCGCCCUGGUCGUGGCUCAAGUCUUCCAAACCAUGAUCCACAGCCGCUUAAAAAAGGAAAUUACUUUAACAGAGAAGAGCCAAGUGUUUGAGUCAUGGAAGAAUCCACCUCCACCUGUUUAUAUGGAGUAUUACUUCUUCAACGUCACUAAUCCAGAGGUGUUCAUGGCAGGUGGGAAGGCAUCUGUUAAACAGAUCGGACCUUAUACUUACAGGGAGUACAGGCCACGGGAAAAUGUAACCUUCCUGGAAAAUGGCACCAAGGUUUACGCCUUGAACCCAAAGACUUUUGUCUUUGUGCCUGAGAAGUCCGUCGGAGACCCACAGGUUGACAUCGUCAGGACCGUCAACAUCCCGUUUGUGGCAAUAAUGAACGAGCUGAACUCCUACUCCUUCUUCUUGCGAACUAUUGUUUCCAUGUACAUAAACAGCCUGGGUAUUGAACUGUUCAUGACCCGCACUGUGCACGAGGUUCUGUGGGGCUUUAAAGACCCUCUUCUCACAAAAGUCCACUCCAUGAAGCCUGAAGUAGAUGAAUAUUUUGGGCUAAUGUGGAAGAAAAACGGCACCCAUGAAGGAGAGUUUGUGUUCCACACCGGUGAGCAGAAUUACUUGGAUUAUGGGAAGAUCGACACGUGGAACGGCCUGAGGGAAAUGUCGUGGUGGUCAUCCAAUCAGAGCAACAUGAUCAACGGCACCGAUGGCGCAGUUUUCCACCCGCUGAUAAACAGGAACGAGUUGCUCUACAUCUUCGCUGCUGAUCUCUGCAGGUCUAUUCAUUUAGCCUAUGUGGAAGACGUGGAGGUGAAAGGGAUUCAAGCGUACCGCUUUGCACCCCCUAAUGACGUCCUCAUGAGCCCCAAAAACAACCCCGCCAACGCGGGCUUCUGUGUGCCAGCUGGUGACUGUCUCGGCACCGGAGUGCUUAAAGUCAGCGUUUGUCGAGAAGGCGCUCCCAUCGUGGUGUCCUUCCCACACUUUUAUCAGGCUGACCCCGCUUACAUCAACGCCAUUGAUGGCCUUAACCCCAACAAGGAGGAGCACGAGACGUAUCUUGAUCUGCAGCCGACGGCAGGAGUUCCCAUUCGUGCCUGUAAGAGAGCUCAGCUCAACAUCAUUCUGAAGAGAGUCCAAGGCUUUCCCAAAACGAAGAACAUCACCGAGACCAUUUUCCCCAUCAUGUUCGUCAAUGAGACGGCGACUAUUGACGAUGAGUCAGCAGCCCAGAUGAGGUCACUGCUCCUCAUCGUGACUCUUGUGUCCAACUUCCCCGUCCUCAUCGUGGGCUUGGGCAUCAUCCUGCUGCUCGUGUUUCUCGUCUUGUUCUGCCGAAACCGCCAGAAGAAGAAUGAAGUAAAACGUAUUGAUUUUGCUGAAGCUUUUCAUUCUUUUGCUACGGCGAAAGAUGACACGGCCUACACUCCGGUCAGCGACAAAACAGACGAAUCGUCAGAGACGCCAGCCAGCCAGCCAAUGAAGAACGGUUCCUACAUUGCCAUGUCUCCAGUGGAGGCACAGAAGUGUUGAUCGAGGAUCCCCUCAGGAAGGGGGCUGAGGAAGCAGAACGAGGGUUUCACGUUAUAACGGGCGGGCGGGGGGGUUGCAUAAACAGUGGGCUCAUUUUCACUUCACUUUGGGGGUUGGGGAAAGCAGUUGGACACAAACCCCAGUAAUUGUUUAGUCAACAAAGACAUUGCUCCUCUCACUGAGCCUUCUUAAGACUGUCUGUCCUCCUCCACUCUACCUGCUGAGCAUGGCCCUCUAUGCCUGCUGCAGCACAACCAACAACCCUGCACUCUAAUCCUCAUUUCUGUCCUGGUUGGCCCUAAAAGAUAAAGGGACUGGCCGGGUGGGCUCAGCCAGGACGCGGCUUUCUUUAUUUCCUGUAAUUCUUCUGAGGGAACAUGGUAGCAUACAUAGGUGUCACUCUAGCACUCUGAUGCAUGACCUUCUGAGCAAAAAUUUAACGGUUAACAGGACACGCAGAGCAUUUUGCAUACACGCGAACAACAGUGGGGGUGUUGCUACUGUCGCAUUCCUUCUCUAUCCUGUCAGUCAGUGUUGUCCGAGGAGAAAACUUUAAGCCAACAGAUUAGAAAAUCCCUGCAGAGUAAAGUCUGAGCUCAGAAGACUUGACGGUUUUCCUAGCCUGGUAUUUUCUUUUAUACGUGGAACAGACUGAGCCAAACCAUUUGCCUUUUUUCCUAAGAUAAUGGAAUAGUACAGAGACAUACGAACACACACACACACACAGGACUUCUAGUAUCAGUCAGUGAACGUGUGUGUGGACCUUAUCUUACACUUCAGUGUCCUGUUUUCAUGGACAACGUGCAAAUAUUUUUUUUCCCCCUAACAUAAGCGUGAUAAAGUGAAACACCAGAAAUGGUUUUUUUGUAAUUGCUUCCUCCUUGACUCAUUUUUAUUUGUCUUUCCCAGAAGAAAAAAACACUGGUUUAAAAAUGGAAUUAUUCAGACGUCAGCUAUAUCCGAGUCCUCGGUUGAGACCUUCACUCGUUAGCUGUAAAACCGAUAGGACAAAUGGCACUGAGCAUCACUGAACACUUCAAAACAAAAAGGAAGAAAAAAUGAACACCCACAGAACUUACGAGGGAGUCUUGAACCAGUUUUCUGCCUUACAAUGGUUCAGCGUGUUCUUUAUUUUCGUGCAUCGUUCAAAUAAGCUGGAAAAAUCUUGUACAUAUGUAAAGGGGAACUGAUGAAAUACCUCUGACCAAAUCCAGCAAGCAGUCCUUCUCGGUGUGCUGAAAGACACUAAUCUUGCUCUGGUGUUCGCGCUCCUGCACGUCUACACUGUUACAUAUUAGAGAAAGCACAAUUUGGAUUGCUAAAACCAGUCCUCACACAAGCCUACCGUUUUGGGGGUUUUUUUGGGAGGGGGAGGGUUGUAUUUUUUUCCCCUUUGGUCCUGUUAUGUAAAUGUAUUUACAGCUGAUCUGUCAAAGACACUGUCGUGUGCCGUGACCACUCGCUGUUCAUUCAGUUUGCCAAGGAGUUAUAGACACGGAAGGCAAACUCGGCACGCAGCGCUCGAAUCACUGUCUGUCUUACAUUUCACGUUUCACGUCAGGCACGCCUUCCAGCCCACAGGCGAUGGAAGCCAGUGGGGAAGUGAAUUUAAGGCCAUAAUACUGUCUGCGUGGAAAAGUUCCCUGCACUUUGCCUGGAAAUUGUGCCCUGUAUAUUUUCACUUCUUGUCUUUUUGUUUGUGUUUUUUGUCAUGUUUUGUCCUGACAAUGCAAAGUGGUCCAUAUGUUAAGAACAUUUCAACAGUUUGUCCUGGCUAGUAUUAUUUUUGAUGGAUGUUGUUGUAAAUGAACAGCGGACAUCCAUGCCUCUGUGUUACUUGUGUUCAGCACAAGGAGUGUCUUCUUUUUUUGAUAUACUUUUGUAUUUGUUAUUGCUGCUAAAAAUGCCAUAACCUAUGAAAAUGUAUCUGAAUGUGGGGUCCACAUGUGCUCACAUGAAAUUUCGGGUUGAACCACAGGGGCUUUUUUUUUUUUUUUUUUUUUUUUUUUAACCGACCCUCUGACACCUGAGCACAGUUUGCUGCCAUUUAUUGGAAUUAGAGCAGUUACAGUUAUGAGUACAGAUAUUUUGUAACCUCUCUUUCAUCUAUUGGCAGGUGAUAUGACCAUAUCACAUGUAUCUUUGAGGGUUUUAUUAGCAGACAGUUCGCUGGAGGUUCUCAAAAGGGCCGAGCCACUUCAUUGUCACCUGGAAGGGGGCCGGAGUCGGAGUUUGGGUUUAAUAACACUGUGGUCGAGAGUCCUUUAAUGCAAGUUUGGAAAAGACACACAUUUGCUUUCUGGUGAACAUUUAAAUGCCACUCUGUCCUUUCAGACUAUGGCCUGCUGCCAGUUAGCAUAACUUAGCUUGAAGCUAGGAAACAGAAAAAAGCUUGUCUUGCUUUUCCAGCAGUAACAAAACCAAUUCAGCAUUUCUAAGACGGUGAUCCAUUUCGGUCAUUAUUUAGAUAACACAGACUGAAUAUCUACUCUUAAGAGCACUUAAGCCCUCAGUUGGUCCUUUCUGCGCUGUCCAAUGAAGAAAAGCCACAUUAGUUAUAAUCCAUGCUUGUUGCUAUUUAGUUGUGUAAUCUUUCUUGGUCAUGCUUUCUGAGUAGCUGUAGCCUUCUAAGUCUCCAGAAAAGUUGUCCAAGGUAACCACUUACAAUGCUGAUGGGCUGAUUUAGUAUAUAAAACACCUGUAUCCAGCUUUAAUUUGUGGUAUCCAAGAUUUACCUUGCAAAAGUAAUUUAAAAAAUUAAAAUAAUUCGGCAAAUGUCAGGAUCCUUCGCAUGCCAGCUUUUUCCCUUUAUUUUCAGUUUCGGCACCGAGUCAGACUAACCAUCUUUCUCGCUAUAGACUCAAUGGACAGAUAGUGGUAUCAGUUCACAAAAGCAAAUAUUUCCAACAGUGUUGAAGUCUCAUUCUGAAGUGAAAUCAAUUCACUCAAGGCCUUUAAGAAGGAAAAAAAAGUCCACACGCAUGCGACCUCCACCCUGUGCAAACUCGCGGUUCAUCGUUGUUCAGCUUUUUAAAAAUGUAUCGACUUGAACCUGAAAGACCUUAAUCCAGAGGAUCGCGUUUGUGUGUUUGACCCAUCACUCUCAUUCCACUGUACUAUACUGACCUUUGAGUCCGGUCCUUUAAGCCCAUUGGCUCAUUCCAACUUGACCAAAGAUAACCCCUAUAGAUCUGCCCCGGCACUGUGUUUACUCUCCGCGAUAAUGUUACAAAACCUACUUUUUUUUUUUUUCCUCCCCUCCUUCCUUAAACAUGUGCUUUUGUGAAAGUAUCUGAGCAUUGUUGCAGGAGCUUGAAUGAGUGUAUGUGCCUUUUACAUCAAGGCAAGAGUAAAGAGAGGGGGGAAAAAAGGAAAUUUUUCAUGUUUAAUGGUAUUAGUUUUAUUUUCACCCAGUGCGAUACAAACAAAAGUGAUCAAUGCUCUUUGUGGGCAGAGAAAAAAAAAAAUCUCAGUAUUAUAAGACAAAGCAAUACAAAGCUGUGUAAAAUAAACUGGAUGUUUGCAAGUGGCCACAGAAUAUUUCAAUAUUUAUGUUGUUUUCCUUUUCUUUUUUUUUAUUAGUAUUGUAAUAUAGUAAUUCAUUUUGUAUUUAGCCUUUUUUUUUUCUUUUUUUUCUUUUUUUUUUUUCCCUUCCCCACACUGAAAAACACUUGGGUAUAAAAGAUGGCCCAGUAUGCCAUACUGGGAACAAAGAGUCUGUAACGAUGUUGGGCGUGGUUUAAGUUUUGGGUGUUUGUGUUUGAUGAGUAUGAGAACUUGUGCUUGUGGAAUAAUGAAUUAUUUCUGUCAAAUGAGUGAUUUUUACUGGAAGGCUGAUUAUCUUGACCUAGUAAAGCGGCGAUAUUGUGUAACAUAUCUAGAUGAAUGAAGCCCUCCUUCAGGGAUGAGCACUAGUGCCAUACCAUCCUUUUUGUUGUUACAGGUUUUUGUUUUUUUCCCCAUUUCAAUAUCCUGAAGUCACUAACAGACACUUCCUUUAUAGAUAUACUAAUUUGUUUUGCUGCUGAAAAUGACAAUCUCCCUUGUCAUGUUAGGUGCAAAAUGAUUUCAAAGUAAUAUUCAUUUUUAGUUUUUGAUAAUUUACACUGCACAGAUGUUUCUACAGUGCUUUUGUAAACAUUUCUAGUGUAUUUCCAAAAAAAAUAAAAGUGUAAAGUUUA